AUGCGCGAAUUCAAUACGGUAUCCGUGUGCAGCGUGCCAAAUGAACCCUCCCUUGUGCAAGAUGAACAAAGACCUCAUCUCUGCGUCUGCGACCAUCUCGUACUCGGCCGUCGUUGUCUGCGCUCUGACCGUCGCUUCACAACUGGUUCCACGGGCCCUGCAUCCCGUGCUUGUGCAUGUGCUGGCUGGUGUUCAACUCCUGAAUGCGGCACAGUCUCGACAAUGGAGAAAGCUAAGAAAGAUGUCGGGCAGAAAUUUCGUCGAAUCAAGCAUAACCUAGUCAAUUCGACGAAAAAGGACGAAGAUGAUGACCUGAAAAUCAUCAAUGCGCUUGAACAUCGUAAUCAAAAAGUCAUCAAUGCCGUCUCUGUAUAUAGAAAGCAUGUAUCAAAUACUGUAAAAACUGGACUACGAGAAGAAAAUGUUGAUAAACGAAGGAAAAAGCUCGAUGAGUUUUCGCUGUGUGUGGAUUUACGUGAAAUAUCGACGGAUCUUGAACAAUCACAUACCACAUGCCUUCACAAGGUUAUCCAGAAAAUCAGUCAGGCCUUACAAGUGGUGGUGGACGAGAAGGUUAAGCACGACAUGAUGAUUGAGAAACGAGUUCUCGAUGAUUUGGUCCAGUUUCAAGACAUGGAGAAAGCUUUAUGCAAGAGUAGAGAACGAUUGAGCAAUGCUUCCACUGAUGUCGAGAUCGCCAAAAAACAGUUGGAAAAAGCUGACAGCACUAGCAGCAAUAUGGCUCAGCUGCAAGAUAAUCUCGAUGCUGCACAGCUCAAGCUCGAAAACCAAAAGGACAAUACAAUUACGGAUGUGUACUCCUUAGCUGCGAAGGAACAAGAAAUUGCAAAGGUGUUUACUGCGCUGUUGGAAGAGCAGCUCGAGUAUCACCGCGUUGCGAUGAGGACACUGGAGAUGGUAUUACCCGAAAUUCGCCGAGACAUAGAUAAUGCCCGGCCACGACCAGUAUUCGGUAUCGACCUAAGUGAACACCUGCGCCAUACUCAGGGACGUGUAGCUCUGGUUCUAGAAAAAUGUUGUUCAAUGCUCAGAGCAAGUGGCUUUACUGAGAAAGGCCUUUUCCGAGUAAAUGGAAACAACACAAAAAUCCGCAGGAUGAAGGCGGCUUUCGACGCUGGACAGAUCGACGUGGACGAACGUGCUUAUAGCAUGGAUCCCCAUUCUGUCUGUAGUGUGCUGAAAAGCUAUCUCAGAGAAUUACCCGAUCCUCUUCUUACUCAUCGACUACAUAACGAUUGGAUGAACGCGGCAAAGCUAGAGGACGAGGCCAAAUUGCAAGCUUUUGAGCGAUGCAUUGGAGAACUUCCAGCGUGUCAUCGCCACAAUCUCACUUACCUCAUUAAUUUUCUCUCGGAAAUGUUGCAACAUCAAGAACAGACAGCCAUGAAUUGCGGUAAUCUGGCUAUUGUUUUCGGUCCUAAUCUUUUGGGAGGUGACAUAGAUGGCAAUAAUACCGCAGGUACCAAGAUUGUCGAAACCUUGUUGAAAAAUGCUUCGAGAUUGUUUGGAUGUCCUGUUGUAAGCAAUAAUGGAAAUAACAGUGGUCAUACUUCAGGACGACUUACUGUUGAUACAAAUUCUCCGCCGAAACCGGGCCAGUCUAAAGAUAGACUGGAGUUUGGCAGCAUAUCGUCAUGGGGUACGUCACCUCGGGGACGACCCAAGGAACGUGCUCCACCACCUCCUUAUGUCACUCCAAAGACGGGUUCACUGAUUGACCUCAGCGACGAUUGUAGCAAUGCGGAGCAGUCGGCACACACCUCAACUCCAUCUAGAAUUGAAAGUAGCCUUACGCAAAGUCAGACCCUAACCUCUGCCGACCUCAGUGAGUCAUUCGGUAUGUCACCGACAGCAACAGCGGAAUCGGACGACUCAUUCGAUGAGUAUCAAGAUGAGUCCCUUCCUGGGAGCAUGUCGCGCAGCCAGGGGGAUGUAGCCGUAGCAUCGCUCAUCACUCCACAGCGACCUCCUCCACCUACUUUCCGGAACGGGUCAGAAAGCUCUAAUAAUCGGCCGCUAUCUUACAAUAAAGCUGUUGGGGUGGAGCCAGUCCCAGUUCCACGCUCUCGAGCGUCUCGCUCAGUCAUCGUCGAAAACUCAUCUUCAUCUAGUGGUUCUGGGUCUAUCAAAAGACCCUCGAUAUUGAGUCGGGAAGAUAUUGUGGGAGCAGAUGUAUCCAAUAGUUUCAAAACAGUUGUGUCCGUUGAAGCUCCUCCAUUGCCAGCGCGAAACAACAAGCCGCCACUUCCGGUAAAGCCACGAAGUGUUCCUUUUCGCCGAGAUCUUUCUCCUAGGAAUCUGAUGUGCACCUAUUCACUCAACUGUACUGAGAGCUACUUUGCUUGA